UAUCCCGUGAAAUCCUCCAUGAAUGUGACACAAAAGACGAAAAUAAACUUUAGUGAUCUCGCAUUUCCCAUCAUGGCUUCUCAAGAUAGUAUAGAGCAUCAUGCUGCCGAACAAAACAACCACGAUAAUAUCAAGAGUCAGAUUUACACCAAACUCACACCAACGACAACAGCCGGAAACGGUGCAUUUUCGCCCACCGGUCAUAGAAAUCCGGAUCCUUACUUUGUGCCCAGUACUGUGAAGAGUACGCUUGGGAGUCCGGUUAGUUACACACUCUGAUGGAGAAUGGCAAACUAAUUUCAAAAGACCGCUUUGGCCAUCGGUGCCUUCUCGACGACACUUACAACUCUAUCCCUGAGCUUGAUGGAGUUCAGAGGAGUUACUACGACCAAUGUAUACAUCGGCAACUUCUUUUUCGGUUUGUAUUCUAUGUUUUGACGCUUAAAUCUCGACAAAAGUUUAAUAUUUUGCAGUUGCUGGUAUUGGUAUGGUUAUAUCCGCACAAUGGGAGCUGGUUUUAGGCAGUUCUUAUGGUUAUACUGUACUCAGCGCCUUCGGUCAGUAUUGUCUAUUGAUCUACACGUUACUUCUGACACAAAACAGGGUUAUUUUAUGGCGGCUUUGGAGCAAUCAUCACGCCGAGCUUUGGCGUCACAGAUGCCUACGGCACUAACACAGUACAAUACAACAAUGCUCUCGGAUUCUUCGUCCUCAUGUGGUCUGUUCUAAAUCUCUUCUUCUUAUUCGGAAGUCUUCCAACGUAAGAUCCCUUGUCCCUUUAACUCUGUACAUCCACUAAAAUCUAUAGAAAUCUGGUGUAUAUUGGAAUGUUCUUCUUCGUCGAAAUGGCUUUCGUUCUUAUAGCUGGGUCGUAUUUUGCCACUGCCGAUGGCCAUGCUUCCGCUGCAACAGCGCUGAAGAAGACCGGCGGGGUUUUCGCAUUUCUGGCAGGACUCUUGGGUUAUUAUACGGUGGGAAAUUUGAUGUGCCAGGUGGCUUUAUUUUGGCAUUUCCCAAUGGGGGAUACUUCGAGGUUUUUUGCGAAGGCAAGAAAAGGUAGCGCGGAAAAGGAUGCAUAGUAUCGUUGAUGUUGGUAACAAGAAAGUCUUCAAAGAGC